AUGGAGGCUCUUGAAGUUGAUGACAUUAGCCCUGCCUUGGAAGUGACUGAAGACUUCUUCAAUAGUUUUGAUACGAAGCUUGAAAAGAUUGUGCAGCCCUCUGAGGUGUACGGUGUGCAUGAGGUCCCCGAACUGGUUGGGCACGAGGUAUUUGACCAGAUAACAGAAAGCAGGAACCUGAGGAACGUCGCCUCCUUAGCCAAAAGUAGCCUCAUCUGGGAUCACUGCAAAAAUGGCCUCUUGGAAACCAAAGCUCAGACAGCAUUCCCUGCCAAAGACCAGUGCGUGGUGCAGAAGGGAACAGCUGCUGACAGCCUUGCUUGGGCAGGGGAAGGGGAGACCGCAGCUUUUAACAUCUUCCAUAUCUGCCAGCGGAGGAGAGACAGGCCUCGCUCGGUGAAUGACAUCCUGGUGCAGAAUGAGGAAGCCUCCACAUUCAAACCAGGACACAACAGGUCACGCUCUGAUAUCAGCCAUGUAAACUGGGGGGUGGUCUUCACGGGGACCUCCCUGCAGCAGGCACCUGCAACCGGUCAGGACAAUAGCUGCGCUCUGCUCUCUUACCUGGCAUUAACCAAGGGGGAGGACAUCCAAGGAAACACAGAACACAAGCCCACGUUCCCAAAUAUUCUGAAGAAGGGAUACUUAGAAAUUAGAAGAGACAAUGGCAGCUACUGGCAAACCUGUUACGCUGAGCUCUCCCCAUACAAACUGUACCUGUAUUGCUUGGACAGCAGUGGCAACCAGACUCUUCCCACCGUGUAUCCACUCAUGCAUUUUCAAAGGGUCACUGUUAGUGGUUGCAUUGAAACCAAAGUGGUGGAUGCUGUCCUGUCAGACAACUCACAGCUACAGCUGAAGGCGGAGUCCUCAUGGGAGGCUUUGGACUGGGGACAGAAACUCUGGGAACUGGUGCGUGCUUCUGUGCCUGUUUUCACAAGACCACAGGAGAAACUGGAGAAUGUGCCAAAGCCUGAAAAUAACAGUGACCUUUCAAAAACCAAUGGACUGUUAGAGAAGCCUAUGGAGCUCUUCCUAUCCAUGAAUUUGACUGAAAACACUAAAGAGUACCAAAAUAUUCUCAAAUCAGGGACUCUUUAUAGGUUAACUGUCCAGAAUAACUGGAAGGCAUUUACUUUUGUCUUGAACAGGUCUUAUCUCAUGGCAUUCCAACCGGGUAGGCUGGAUGAAGAUCCUCUGCUGAGCUACAAUGUCGAUGUGUGCCUGUCAGUCCAGACAGAUACUCAGGAUGGCUGUGACUCCUGCUUUCAGGUCAUUUUUCCCCAGGAUGUCCUCCGCCUGCGUGCAGAGACCCGUCAGAGGGCCCAGGAGUGGAUGGAGGCACUGAGGGCAGCAGCCAAUGCAACUAGAAGCUUAACUCAGAACCCACAGGUCACGCUUCGGAACAAACCUGGAGAUCGCCCCUUUGGAAACGACCUUAGGAAGAGCAAGCGCCAGUCUGUGACCACCAGCUUCCUGAGCAUCCUGACCACACUGUCUCUAGAGAGAGGGCUCACAGUUCAGAGCUUCAAGUGUGCAGGCUGUCAGCGCUCUAUAGGCUUGUCCAAUGGGAAAGCCAAGGUGUGCAGCUACAGUGGAUGGUAUUACUGCAGCACCUGCCAUGUGGAUGACACCUUCCUCAUCCCUGCACGGCUUGUUCAUAACUGGGACACUUCCAAAUACAAGGUAUCAAAGCAAGCCAAAGAGUUCCUGGAAUAUGUUUAUGAGGAGCCAUUGAUCGAUAUCCAGCAGGAAAAUCCCAUGUUGUACAAGCACGCUGAACCUCUGGCAACUGUUGUCCGCCUGAGACAGCAGCUAAAAUCUCUCCGAGCCUAUUUGUUCAGCUGCAGAGCAGCAGUGGCUGAAGACCUGCGUAGAAGGAUUUUUCCCAGAGAGUAUCUGCUCCAGCAAAUCCAUCUUUAUUCUCUUGCAGACCUUCAGCAGGUUAUUGAAGGAAAGCUGGCUCCUUUCUUGGGGAAGGUGAUCAAGUUUGCCACCUCUCAUGUGUACAGCUGCAGCCUUUGUAGUCAAAAGGGUUUCAUCUGUGAGAUUUGCAACAAUGGAGAAAUCCUUUACCCCUUUGAGGACAUUUCUACAAGCAGGUGUGAAAGCUGUGGUGCUGUCUUCCACUCUGAGUGCAAAGUGAAGGCUGUACCAUGCCCCAGGUGUGUGCGUAAAGAAUUGCAGAAGAAGCAGAAAUCUUUCUGGAGGCGACUGAAUAUGGAUGAAAACUUUGAAGAGUCUUGCAACAUGUUUGAGUUGUCAUAUCAGAACACAUGA